AUGGACUUGUUGAACGAUUUCAUCGCCAUUUUGAAAGCCUCUCUCAAGGCAUACAAUGACCCAACAAAGUGGACUGAACAUUUACCCAUUGUACUUCUAGGAAUUCGCACUGCACUUAAGGAAGAUCUUGGACAUUGUGCGGCAGAGCUUGUGUAUGGUACUACAUUACGAUUACCAGGACAAUUUUUUUAUAAACAUUCUGAACUUACUGAUUAUUCUAAUUAUGUGCAUAGAUUACGUGAUAUAAUGAGUAAUUUUUAUCCCACUCCAACCCGCACCAAUCCUAAUCGUAAAUCUUACAUCAGUCAGGAUUUACUAACUUGUACUCAUGUGUUUGUUCGUAGAGAUUCCGUUCGUAAACCAUUACAACAUCCUUACGAUGGCCCCUUUAAGGUUUUACGAAGAGCCGACAAACACUUUGUUCUUGACAUAAAUGGUCGUCGAGACACUGUCAGCAUUGACCGCCUAAAAGUAGCCCAUUUAGAUACGGUUACAGCACACACACCCACCUCCACCCUUGAGCCUAACAUUUCCCCACAGUUAACAGCCCCUGCUCAGAUAGACCCUCCCCCUACACCUCCCAGAACUACCCGAUCCGGUAGACGUGUUCAUUUUCCUGACCGUUUCUUAUCGUUCAAUCGUUAA